AUGACAACUGCAAAUCCUGAUCCCGAUUGUAAUACAGGCAUAACCACUACAACCGUGUUCUUUGCUAGUCAGGUCUUCGCCUCCACCUCCACUACUUACAAGGGACCUGUUUACCCUGGUUAUAUACCUUCCCCACCAAUUGUACCUCCAGCACCACCCGCUCCCCCAAACCCACCACCUGUGCCACCAAGACCACCAUUGCCUCCUAGACCCCCAGGUCCAUAUCCACGUCCUGGGCCUUAUCCUACUGUAGGUCCAUACCCAACGAAAGAUCCUUACCCAACGAAAUAUCCUGAUUACAACCCUAAUCCUGGUCGUAAAGGCUUGCAUCCUCCAUACCCUGGCCCCCCAGGAUCCAGACCUAAUUACCGGUCACGAAAUAGAAAAUGUUCCUCUAAGAAUUCCACGAAACCAUAUCGUAGCAUUCGUAAAAACGAUGUAAACGAUGAAACGGACGGAGGAGAUGAGGAAGAAGAGAAGGAGAAAGGAGACGUAAAUGAAAACCCCAUGGACUUUAGUCUGGUGUCCAAACUGAUGAAUCUUCCUGGCAUAGGAAUACUUCUGCCUCAAAACACUCAUCAACAACCCAAAAGUAACGGGUUUUUGUCAAGAAUGAAAGAAUUUUCUAAUGGCCACGAGGUGGAUACUUUGUGA